UGGGCGUGUCAUACUUUCGCGGACAGUCAACAAGGCAAAGUUAAAACUACAACCGAGUUUCCUGUCGACAUAUUUGACGAAUUAGUUCAGUUUUUAUCACUAUGGAUGCAAUCAAGCGAUUUGGACGUAAGGCUAGGGAUAGUGUGAAGGCUGCUACCCCUGACAGUCCCAGUAGGUCUUCUGGCUAUGAAGAACAAGAAGCAUCUGGAUUCAUCUGCCCAACCUGUAUGGUUGCACUGUCCACUGCUGAACAGCUCAGGUCACAUUGGGAAUCAGUUCAUGAUACUACCUCUGGGGAUGGAGCAAUGGCUAUGGAACCUGAAGUAGUAGCAUCACCAGCAGGAAACACCAAUGCUGCACACCCAAAUUCUGUCCAAGCCAAUGAACGGGAUGGGGAUCUUGAGAGUUUACGCCAGGAAGUCAGUGAAUUACGGACCUCUUUGAAAGAAGAAAAGUGGUAUGCUACUGAGUUGAAGAAGGAAGUGGACAGAUUAAAGUCUGGGGAAGAACCUGUGUUGAUAGAUGAUACAGAUUUGUUCAAAGAGCAAUUGAAAAAGUCAGAGGAGAGCAGGUCACUCUUAUCUUCUGAGGUUGUACUUUUAAGACAAGAUUUAGCAGAGUCCAAACAGACAGCGGCUAAUUAUAAGACCAUCAAAGAUGCAAUGGAGCAAAAGGCUGCUAGUUUGGCAGCUGAUAUUGCUACAAUACGAGCAGAGCUAGAUGAAGAGAAAGGACAUCAUUUAGCUCUCAAAGAAACCUUGCAACACACUCAAUUUGAGCUGAGGGACAGGGAAAAUCAAAUCAAGGUCUUGGAAUCGCAAGCAUUACAAAGAACUGCUGAUGAUGACAUCCUAGUUUUAAAGAAAGAGUUGGUUAGUAUACAAACUUUGAUGGACCAGAUGAGUCUUGAAGCUGAAGCAGAAAAGAAGGAGCUAGAAAAACAAUGUGGUGAACUCAAAACAAGGAAUGAAGAGGCAGAUGCUAAGAUUAAGAAUUUACAGACAGAGAUAGAGAGUGCUCCUAAAAAGGAAGAAGUUUUAAAAUUACAGUCCAGUAUCAAUGAGACAUCAUCCAGUAGUCAAGCCUUACAACAACAGCUCAAAGAAACUACAGAGAUGAAUAAUAGCUUACAACUCAAACUCACUGAGGCACAGGGACAUUUAAGAGAAACAGAGGUUUUAAAGGAGAAAGUACAACAGGAGCUAGACUUCACCCGCCAGCAGUUCCAGCGAGAUAUAAGCACAAAAGACAACCAAAGUUCUGAUCUACAGAUUCAAAUGUCAAAGGCCAGUGAUAAGCUACAGGAAUUGGAAGUUGCCAAUCAGAAGCUGAAGCAAGAACUUGAAUUUAGUGAGCAGCAACAUCAGCAUCAACUCAUCAGCAAAGAGAAUCAAAAUACAGAGUUACAACAGCAGGUAGACAAGCUCCAAGCAUCCAUCGAUGACAGAGACAAUGAGAUGGAAAAACUUCGAAAAAAUUUAUCUGAGAGUAGACUAUCCGGUGAAGAUCAAAUCAGACAGACUGAACAAAGGCUUACAUCUCUCAAACUAGAGCAUAAUAAAAUUGAGGAAGCUUUGAAGGAACAACAGGGUUUAGUGAAUUCUCUACAACAGCAGCUUGAUACAACCAAACACCAGUAUGAAGAAGAGAGUAACCGUAGUGAUGACCUGGGGUCACAACUAAGAGACAAAGAGGCCCUAUUAGAGGAAAAUACAAGAAAUCUUUCAGAAAGAGAUGUUAAAAUAUCAGAUUUGGAGAGUGCAAUUCAGAAGCAAAAAGAGGUUAAUGACAAAAUGGAAUCAGAGAAAACAGAUCUAAUAUCACAGAUUCAGGCAGGAGAAGGAGUUGAAACUGUCAUUCAGCAACUUAAACAAGAAGUAGAUGUUUUCCAAAAGGAAGUAUCUGAUUUGAAAGCAAGUAAAGAAACACAGGCUGAGGAACAUCAUGAGAAAACAGAACAGCUAUAUAAACAGCUCAAAGAGGCCAAGAGUCAACUUGAAUCUGAGAAAUCCAAACUAGAAAGGACAGAGACAAAUCUUGCUGAUACAACCAGCAAGUUUGCAAGCAUGCAGGAAAAACUUGUUGCUACAGAAGCUGACGUCAAAUCAAAGAAUGAAUUAUUACUUGCUGCUGAAGCAUCCCUUGCUACCCAGAGAGCUGAUCUUGAGAGUCAUCUUAGAACAUCACAAACAGCUCUUGAAGAUAAACAGAAAGAUAUGGAUAGGAUCCAACAAUUACUCCAACAGACCAAGGAAGAAUUAUCUUCAUCAAAGGACCAGGUCAAAGGUCUUGAAACACAGAUACAAGAGGUCAAAGGUGAACUGACCAACAGCCAACAUCAAUACUCCUUAUUACAAACAGAUCUGAAGAAUAAGGACAGCCAGAUGUCAUCAAUUGAAGCUUCUAAAGAUGCGCAGAAAGUAGAGAUGGAUGAGAAGAUAACUAAUAUUCAAGCAGUGGUCACUGAGAGACAAAAAGCUCUUGAUCUUAUCACUGAACAAUUCCAAAAGACAUCUAAAAAUCUGACAUCAUGUGAGUCUAAGCUAGCUCAGACUGAAGCUUCUCUUCAAAGCACUCAGGAUCAAUUAGCUUCCACCAACAGCAGUUUAGCUAAAACAAAAGAAGAACUAUGCUUCACUAUGGAAAGCCUGGAGUCUAAGUCUACUGAGUUAUCAGACCUCAAAACAAAUAGUGAAAAGUCAAUUGGUGAAAGCAAAGCCACGAUAUCAAGAUUACAGCAGGAGAGAGAGGAGGUAGAAUCAAAACUUAAUUCCUCUAAUGCACAACUUCAAAAUCAGUUAACAAUAGUGAUGGAAGAAAAGAAUAAUCUUCAAGAAACUUUGAAUUCUCAAGACACUACUCUGCAAGACAAGGAACAGAUCAUCAAACAACAAAAAGAACAACAUGUACAAGAAAAGGCCAAGUUCACAGAAGAAAUGACUCACAAGCUGACUUCUGAGCAAGCUAAAGUCUCAGAGUUAACCACUGCUCUUGAUGCUACUCAGAUGCAGCUUGUUGAAGCUAAGGCUGGAUUAGCAGAGAAGACACAAUCAGAGUUAGUUUUGACAGAUCGAGUAUCAGAGCUUGAAGCAAGCCGAGUCUCACUUCAUGCUGAUCUUACUGCUGAACAACAGAAGACUGCUAGUUUGAAGAAACAAACAGAGCUUCAAGAUGGUACACUUGCAGAUAGUAUUGCCAAGUGUGAGCGUCUGGAACAGCAGAUCAUCACCAAGGAUAACAUACAGAAAGAUAUGCAACAGAAGAUUGAGAUAUUAGAGAAAGAUUUGGCAAAGGAAUGUGAACUAUGUAGGAAUUAUGAAAUUCAAGUGGUUAAACUGGAAUCCAAGAUCAAGGAGCUUGAUGAUAAAUCUAGUGCUCUUCAGACAGAGGUUGAGAGUCUUCAUACAUCACUUACUAAGACAGAAGAAGACCUAGAAGUUGUUAAAGGCAGUGAGGCUUCUCUUUUAUGCAGUGUCAAAGGCUUGCAAGAGAUAAAAAGCUCCUUAGAUCACAAAGUCACUUCACUAGAAAGUACACUGCAAGAUAAAGAGAAAUCAUUUAGUGAAGAAAAGGCUACUCUUACAUCUAGCUUAGAUGAAGAAAGAAACACUGUGAGAGUACUGAAAGAGAGUCGAGAUGGCUUCCAAUCAGAACUAGAACAAACAAAGAAUUUACUUCAAACAGAGAAAUCAGAAAGAGAAAAGGAAGUAUGCUCUUUACAAGAUGCUAGACAACUACUGAUCACUCAAAAGCUAGAACUACAGUCUCAGCUGACAGAGAAAGAUAAUGAUCUAUCUACCGCCCUUGCUGAUCAUGAAGAAACUAAACAAGUAUCUAAGAAGGUUCAAAAUAUGCUACGAGAGGAGAGUGCUGCCUUACAAAGCAAACUGGCAAUUGAAACACAAGCCAAGGUAGAAGCCCAUGAAGAACGAGAGCGUGAAGAGCAACGUUACACUAUGCAGCUAAGUGCCCUCAAUGAGAACCUAGGUACACUACGUAGUGACAUGAUGCAUGCUGAUACACGCUGCAAAGAAUUAGAGAAAUCUGUAGAAAACAUGAAAGGAGAAAAACAUGUUAUGGAGGCUACAAUUCAGAAUAGUCAAGAUGAAAGGAGAGCCCUGCUGGAAAGGUGCUUGACAAAUGAGAAGGAUGUUGAGAAGCUUCAAGCAAAGAAUGCUGAAUUAAGAAGAAAGCUUGACGAUGCACAGGCAGCGAUGCAUGAGCUUGGUCGAGAGAAUCAAGCUCUUCAAAUCACUCAGACCAAAGCAAUGGGUAGGAAAUGGGCUGAUGAUAAGGAGGUUCUUAACUGCAUGGCCUGUAGCAAAUCUUUCUCACUCUCUGUUAGAAAGCACCACUGUCGGAACUGUGGUGACAUCUUCUGUCAAGAAUGUUCAAGUAAAAACACCAUGAUUGCAUCAGCUAAGAAACCUGUCAGGGUUUGUGAUGCCUGUUACGUUGAACUCAACAAAUGAAGCCUCCAUCAAUACUGCUUAAUAGGAUCUGCUGCAUGACUGGGUAGUGUUUAAUAUGGGGGAAAACUAUUCCAGAUUGAUUUCAUUUACAUUGUUCUUUCAUUAAGGAGUAGAGAGUCAGAUCUAUGUCUGAAAUGAAAGCCGACAGAUACUGUUUUAUGCUACUCAUUGCUGUGUUUUAUGGUGCCCAUUAUCUACAAGUUUCUUGAUCACCUUAAAGGGUAAUGUGAUCACUUCUGUAUAUGACUUCUUUGACUCCAUCGGCGAUCUUCAAGACACAUUUAAUGUUUACAGGUCAGAUUAAUGUUAUUUCUUGUGAGCCUUUCCAAGAUGAAGAAUGGGGAAUCCAAACAUUGUGAUCUUGUGUAUAUGUUAACUACUUUAUCCACCAAGGAUGACAGUUCUGAUGUAUAACAACAAAACUUUCUGAAACAAACUGAUAUUUUGUCAACCCACCAUGAACUUGUCCCUAAUUUAUAUUCAUUGAACUAAUUUUUAACAGUAACAAAAUAUGGAUACUUUUACAAGCUACUGCAAUGUAUCAUUUGAUUGCUACAUUGCUCGGCUGGUAAUAAAUGUAUCUCCACCCUCACCCUUUGUAGGUGGUGGUUUGAGGUAUCAUAUUUUUGAGCCGUCAGUGUCCAUCCAUCCUAUUAUCAUUCUUGCUAUUAAUUAAAGAAUCCGAUCAACUUCAAACUUGGUCCAAGUAUACAUAUUGGAUUGGCAGUGAUCAUCUGUACAUUAGAUAAAGUUUGUAAUUAUUUGCUAAUAUGAAAGAAUCGUUCUGUUUAGUUUCUGCUCCAUAUUUUUUUUUGAUGUUCGGGGGGGGGGGGGCUGGGUUCACUUCAUUUGAAAAGUUGAUGGCCAGUAUCCACAAGAAUUGUCCUAAAAAGCACUCUAUCUGGAGAUUUAAGGGAAGGCCAUUAGGACACCCUAAUCACAAAUCUUUGCAUGUGUCCCAGAUUUGCCUACCUGCACACCUUAAGUGAUUUCAUUAAUUGUUAUAAUAAUUGAUACCUUAAGGAUGUUCCACAGUUAAAAGUGAAAUGCAUGUCAUUUUCACCAAACUUUGCAUGUAGAUUCUUUAGCACCUGAAUAUUCCAAAUAUGCAAAAAUUAGCAUGAGUACAUGUGCUUGGUUUUUUUUGCUAUAGAGCUUAAAAGUUCACCCAAAUGGAUGUUCUUAAGAAUUGUGCAUUUAAAAAAAUGACGAUUUUAGAGCUCACAAGAUCACUACAAUGAGUUUAAACCGCUAUUAUUUGGUCAAAAAAAUCAAUGAAAAUUUCAUCUUAUUUUGCAAUAUAGUUAAUAAUUGUAUCCUUAAGAUGGAAAAUCUAUUUAUAUUGCUAUUUGUUUGCUCUUUUAAGUCUAGCAGCGCUGUCAGUUCUUAAAAAUGGUGUGAAAGAUAACAAAAACCUAAUCUAAAAACUGAAAUUUCAGCAACAAAAUUGAGAAUUACUAUGAAUGCUGCACUUUAUUCAAAACCCUUGUCAUUUUCACAAAACUUUGCAAAGUUAUAGAGGAAUGUAUACCUAAGAGGUGUAAACAAAAAAAUAGGGGUUCAUGUGCUUGUUUUCAAACUUUCAACACUUUUAUUAGAGCAAAUGUGCUUUUUAAAACACACACCAAAAAAAUGCACCAAAUGCUUUGUAUCUAUGUGAGGAAAUAUAUUCCAAACCACUCUGCCAUUUAUUCAAACCCGGGGUCAUAUUCAUCAUACAGCACUGCAGAGUAAAGUAUUUUGAAAUUGUAGAGGUAUUUCAAAAAAAUGGACCAUGGAAUAAUUCCAGUUUAUUGGCUUCAAAAAUUACACAUCGGAUCUGCGGUUAGAGUGCAGAUAAAGAGAAAAAUCAGCUCAUACCUAGCUGAUUAAUCAACUGUUCAUCCAUUGUGACGUCAGCGAGCAGUGUAAAAUAUGCGCAGAUCAUGAUGCGCACAAACAUAACUGUGGAACAUCCUUAAAUCAGGAUCUUCCCAUUU